CCCCCCCGCCGCUCCACCUCAGCACCCGGGCGGGGCUUGCGCUCCCUCGGCCGCGCCGGCAGGAAACCCCUUCGGGGUCAGGGCUUCAUCCCCGGCUACUCGCACAGCUUCGUCCCCGACACCUCGCCUCGGGGCGCGGCGCGGCUGGGCACGCCCCGCGGGCGGAGCUCGCCGCAUCCUCAGGGCCCGGCGGGGAUCGCCGGUGAAGCCGUACAGCUGCACCAGCAAAUAUGCUCCUUGCAAAGACAUUCCCAGCACAGCAAAGCGUGGGAGAUGCUGAUGGUGUCGUUCUGAGGCUGAAGAUGGUCACAUCUCUCCUGCCUGGUGUUGUUGGGAAACACCGUUUACUUGCUUCCCUAGAGAACUAAGAGUAGGCCAUAGGGGUUUUGUGAGAUGGUAGAUACCUCAGCAUGAAUUGGUAAAUACAGUGGGAAAUAUCUGAAAUGGGAUUUGAGAAAAGCUAAUGGAAAGAGUUCAAUUGAUUCCCUGAGAUGUUUGCAAAAGCAACAAAGAAUUUUGUGAGAGAAACUAAUGACGGAGGCGACUUGAUCCCUGUCUCGCACCUGAACGCCUCAGACAAGCUGCAGCUUCUGAGUUUAGUUACGAAGAGGAGGAAAUUCUGGUGCUGGCAGAAGCCCAAGUAUCAUUUCUUGACAGUCACCCUGAGUGAUGUGCUUACUGAAGACAAACCGAUAAAACCAGUAAUUGUGGAGUCUGACUUUGCAAAAUAUAUGGGGAAGUUUGAAGAUUCUAUUCAAGGAAGUAUUGGAGCUUCAUUUGGGAAGAUCAGCCUGGGAGCUGGAGGGAAGGGCUAUGUGGAAAACCAGUCCUCAUUUGGAAACCUGAGGAAGCAGGAGAUUGACUUGCAGCAGCUUAUGAAAGACGUCAAGGACAGAACAAUAAAUCUAAACAGUAGUUUACUGCAACAAGUAAUAGAAAGAAAGCAUGAAGUGCUGUGCAUCUUGAGAGAAAAGAUAAUUACGACUCAGAAGUGUACAAUAUCUGAACAUAUCCAGACAGAAGAAAAAGUCAGCGGCAUGUUGGGAUUCAGUACAAAAAUAGUAAAGGUUUCAGUGAGUGAAAAUGGAAGUAUGAUGAAGGAUUCUAGUGUGAUCCUUGAAAUUCCUCCAGCAACCACUAUCGCCUAUGGUGUAAUUGAGCUGUUUAUAAAGAAUAGUGGCCAGUUUGAAUUCUGUCUGCUAGAUGAACAGCAAGGAGGUUUUGAAAAAGAAAGCACAGAAGGCUCGACAUAUCACCAUUCAGCACUGUUCAGAGAUGGUUCAUUUCUCUAUCAGCCAGAUGCUGUUGAUAAUGAGAUGUACUCGGGGGCUAAAAACCUCAUUCCCAGUGAUGCUUCUUUAAGUGUAUUGAAACAAGAUCUGUCACAGUUGAAGACUCAGUUCCAGCCCUUUGUGAAGCUGCCGGAAGACAAGCAAAAAGCUUUAUAUAAAACCCUUUGUGAACUCCUGCUCCAUGAAGAAAUGGUAACUGCCCUGGAGGACACGUUAGAUGAUAUCUGCACAGGAGACAAGCCAGAUCUGAAGGAGUUAAAGCCACCACAACAGCAAGACCUCCUUGGCUUCUUGCAGCUCUUAGGGUGCAGUUUACAGAGUGAGCUGCUGUUAGAGAAAUAUCAGCCUCAGGAUGAAGAACUCUUCUCAGCUGCUCACCUCCUCAUCAGCGCGAUCUCCGAGCUGCCUGAUUACACGCUGGUCCUGCUGCGUGCCUGCUGUGAUCUUCAGGUUGUUCCAGCAUUGUGUUCUUUGCCUAACAUCGCUUCAGCCGACGGCAUUGUGGCGCUGAGCAGUCCUUUGAUGGCUUCCCUUGCCGACAGAGGGAGAUUUGACGUUGUGCAAAGGCUGUUUGCUUCAUCGAACAUCAAUUUGGAAAUGACAGAGUCUUCUGUAAAAGCCGUAACUAUGAAAGAACCUAGAUUCUCCCCGCUUGUUCUUUACGUUGCAUUGUACGGAUUUUACGCUUUAGGUGGGAAUGUAUAGGAGCUUUGCUGAGCGUCCAGUUACUGCUGUAGCCUGUUCUUUCUUCUGUAGCUCUGCGGUGUAGUGUCGGUGUGUUUGAACUAGCAGGAGAGCCACUCAGUUGAUGCUCAUCACUGUUCCCCCAGGGGGUGUGGGGUCAGGGUGGGCACUGCGCUGCCCUCCCCUGAACUGCUGCUCUGCGGUUCCGCUGAGGUGUAUGUCUGCAGUGGAACAUGCGUAAACAAGGGGUGAAGGGGAGGAAGUUAAAAAAGACAAGGCUGGAACAGAAAUCAUGUAGCUCUUCUGGUAGUUGUCAGAUCUGCGUGGCGGUAGAAGCCUGAUUGCUUGCAUUAAUAUGCGUGGGAGAAGAUGGCAAAGUACAAACUGCUUUUUGUAAGCAAGUAAACAAGCUGUGGAAAUCUGGGGUUCUGCAACGCAGGAAAUGUUUUGCGUAUUUAAGGCUUGAUGUGCAGAAUGCAUUCGCUCAGAGGCACGUGGAAUGGAGGGCUCUCAAAGAGGUACUUGAUUAUGUUUUUAUUUAUUAAGUGUAGUUUGGCUUUAUGGACAUGAACUGCAUGCUGCAGGAAACAAAAAAAUAGCCUUUUUCAAAAACUAAGACUACCUUAGGGAUUUAGGCCUCUGUACAGCAUUUCUGUUUUCUACUAAGUUUUUACUCACCUUAGCAAGUUUUAGCUGUUUAAGUUGCAUUUUUAACUUUGAGGUAUGAUGAUGCCUUUUGGUGUGUGCACGUGAAAUGUCCCUGCUGCUCUCCACAAAAUUUUUUGUUUUACUCACAUGAUGUUUUGAGUGCAGAUGUUUUACUUGUGUCCUUGACUAACGGUCAAGUGUCAGUGGAGCACUUUGCACUUUAAACUGCUUUGCCUUUUUUUGUCAUUAUUUUUUGUAAUGAUGCGGGUGGGACAGAAAUGCAGUGGAGGUCACUGCCAGUGUGGGCUUGGGAAGAUGCUGUUCCAGGUCAGUGGAAUAUCAGUGCUUCCAGAUCAGAUGGUGAGAUGACUGACAGACAAAAAGCGGGCACCUGUGUGUGGAGGUGAUCAGUCACCAGGCCCUGCAGCUUGGCUGGUGGGUAGGAGUCCAGGGUUUGAUUUUUCUGCUCUCUUGCCAUGUGGUCUUGAGCAGAUUUCCCAAGGGGUCUUUAAAAACUCAGGUCAGUUAAGCUUUCCCUGAGAAGCAGACUGUGCAGAAGAGCACCGUGGUGCCUUGGUGUACCCUGAGAGCGCAGGGAAGCCUUGCGUGCUGAGCUGCUGGCCUUUCUGUCUCUCAUCUGUAAAACGAAGCUGCUGGUGUUGCCUGAGCCUUGCGCUGGUGUAAAUGGAAAUGGCCUCUAGGGGGAUGGAAGCGUGUUACUCUGCUGCUGGGAGUGAUGCGAGUUUGUAAAUGGGAAAGUCUUCCUUUGCCAGUCACUACUCAAAUGUUGCCUCUGUAACUAACUAUUUUAUCAAAACUUUCUAUUAAACUUUGUCAAAACAAUGGAA